GCACGUAUGCGGGUGACUUUGCAGUAUCGAUUUAACUCUGUGACUGCGCAGACCUGCAACAUUGUCACGUGCUAGCUGUCAUUGCGCGGUCUUUGAGGAAAGCAGUAGACAGGAUUUGCAGGAAAAAAAAAAUAAAAUUGAUGUGGUAACCGAUGAUUAUUCAUUUUUCCGAGUGAUCGUUUGUAUUGAUUGAGUGGACUGUUUUGAUGACAGAAGGGGUGUUCAUUCGUUGCAAUACGGAAAACAUCAGAACAUGGUUGACGUAACCACUCCCUUGCCAUCCACAAACGGCGGUUCAUUGAUGGGAAAGACCCGAGGUGCCCUAAAAUCGAUGCGUACAGCACUCGGAGGUGGUGGUGAGUACCUUCAGGGCCUGGGAAACCGAAUCGGUUCGGCCAUCAGCAGCAGCUUCGAGGAGAGCGACAUCACGACCCCAUCCUCACCACCCUCCCCCGCGGGAAAUGACUUAGGAAAGGAUCAGGUCGAUGGUGUUGCCAGAAGGAAGCUUCGCCUGCCUCGUUUCAGUGGAUAUUCCUACGAAGACUACGAGGUAAUGGCUAGGCACAAGCUUCAGCGCCAAAUGUGCCCCGAAUACUCCCGAAACAAUCGUAAAUUCCCACCAGGAAUGACGUACGAAGAAAUUGCGUCUUCCAGAGCUCCAAUUGUUCAUAAACCUGACGUGAAGACUGACGAGGAGAUCAGCCCUGAUAGGUCUAGUGUGGAGAGCAUUGAACCUCUUCAGGAAAAAGAUAUCAAGGCCACUGGUCCCGAUCCCUUCGAAAAACUUAACUACAAAACCGAUAUUCCGUGUAGUAGUGGAUCGGCUAGUGAUCUGGAUGGAUAUGGGCCUAGUACGAGUUUAGAUUCGAAUAUGGAUGGUCGUAGGAUGUGGGAGAGAUCAGGCUCCUCUGGAUCAGUUCAAUCAUGGGCAUCGAGUUUGUCGGCUGACAGUCAAUCAGAAGAGGCGGCCGCAGAUUUUAUGAAAACCUUUGUGCCCCUUCUUUUUGACGCACCUGAUACAAUCGAUCAGGAGCAAAAAGCAAACUUUGGCCAGAUGGUUCUCACGGAGUCCGGUAGAAUUUGGUUUGCAAGAGUGGUGAAUGCAAGACGAGCACGUGCCUGUGUCACCGAGGCAUCCUUUUACUCUUUGGCUCAGCACUUUGCACUGGCACUCUUCGAGUGCCAUGAAGCUGAUGACUUUGCACCAGCAAAGAGCCUCAUGAAUAUGUGUUUCACAUUUUAUCAUAAAGUGGAGGUUCCAGGUCUGGAACCGUACAGGGAGUAUCUCUACACUCAUCUCAGGGUACAACCGAUCUGGUCCUCCAUGAGGUUUUGGACAGCUGCAUUUUUCGAUGCUGUCCAAUGUGAGAGGGCCAUGAGGCCAGUCCCAUCGAGAUCCAAAACUCUGGAUCAAGAAGCCUUAGCUGCUGAGGAUCGCAAGUUCCAGGCGAAUAUUGUCUUUGGACAACUUGGCACCUUCACGUGUAACAUGCAUGCCUUUGGCCUGGCAAGAAGUCUCUGCUUGGAAUUCCUUCGCAAACAAUGUGUAAUAGCUAAUUUAACCCCAGAUCAAGAAAAAAUGCUGCGCGACAAUAUAAUGCAUAUGUUCGAUGAAUCAGAGCCCUGGAGAUAGUGAGUUACAAACAGACGAGUGAAUUAUCAAAAUACAAUAAAUGAUCAUCAAGAUGAUUAUGAGACUCCGAAAAUCGCCUUCCAAAACGGUAACGGAUCAGACUGAUUGCCAGUGAUGGUAGAAUUAACGAUAAUAAUGUCGAGUGGAGUGUUUCAUCAAUUAACUAGCCCGAGAAUUAGCGAUCUGCUGCGAAUUUAGUUGAAACUGCGUUGUGAGAGCUUCAAUUAUUUCCAGAAAACGAGAGGGGAAAUUUCUAUUGAAUAAUAUCCAAUGAUUAUAAUUCACAAUAAGAUAUUGUGCAGCAGAAAUUAUUUUUCAUUGUUAUUUAUAACAAUUACCUUCAAUUGAUUAAUCUUCCGUUAAAUUUUCUGCCUAAUGGAGACUAUUAUAAAGAGUAUUAUCGACGGUUAUUUUGGCAGUUAUGAAAAUAAGUCGUAAUGGCUCGUUUAUUAUGGCUAUUCAAGAAAAUGAAUUUCGUCCGAUCAUAUCACUACAGCUGCUAUGCAAAAUGUAAAAUUGACAAUAAUAAAUAUCUAUUUAAGAGAGUA